AUAAAAGACUAACACUAGCCGUGUACUUUGUGAAUAACAUCCAUUAAAGAUAACGAUCAGCCACAGCUGUUACGUAUCGACCCGCCCGCGAAGUUUUCUCACCGCUGCCCGUUUUAAUGGGAAUGUAUUGAUCGCAGCCGCUGGCCCAUCACAGCAUGAUGUCCCACCUAAUUAAAUUUUUUGUUAUGCUUCACCGAGUUACCCCCGCUCGGUUGACGGGUUAUGGUAAUUAACGACAUACAUUAAGUAGCUUUCCGCGAAGCACUUAGGUCAUUAUGCAACAGCUGUUGUGCGACAGCUGGUGCUGUAAUUAGGCCGUUCAACCGGAUAAAUGACCGCGAAAAUUGUGUUCUAAUCACUUCAACUUCGGACUUCAAAUCAAGCGUCACCGCGACUUAUCCAGCCUGCGACCUCUGUUGACUCCUGAGACUAAACCCACGCCAGCUUUACCAACCAUCACAUCCACCUAACCCUAUACGGACCACAUCUUUUGUGCGUGUUUAUUCUAUUAAAGGUAAGGUUAAUAUUACUUUUUGUUUUAAGGGAGCUAACCCCAUUAAAAUACCCUUUAAAUAAAUAUGUAUCUAAAUAAGUAGUCAUAUGUAUUCCUUUUAGUGUACAACCGACCCUACGAGACAGACUAACCAUCGACCGAACCUAUUGAACUACCUACCCAUCCCCGAGGCACCCACUGAACCAAACGUUCCAGCUACAUCCAACUACACCAUUUCGGAUCUCCACACACAGCUAACUUCACGUUCAACUUACGCGUUCAAACCCAUAGCCAGUGACCUACCCAGUCAUCCAACUACUAGACACUUCGUCAAUAAUGCAAACCGCCCAGUCUACCACCCAUCCAGCCAUGAGCCGUAACAAGUGUGACAUAUGCAACCGUGUGUUCACCCGCAAAGACGGUUUGACAAGACAUCACGACUCUGUUCACCGCCGACAAGGACAUCUCUGUACAACAUGCGGGAAUCUAUUUACACGACUUGACAAUUUAACAAGACAUUGUAAAACAACACACACCAACCAAACAUCACCGACCGACACCCCAUCAGCAACCGAUAGACAAACUCCACAACCACUAUACGUGACCGACAGACAAACCAUGCAACCCCUAGCAGCGACCCAAACAACUCGUACCAUGACCAACACUAUUCCAUUAAAGCGACAUACGAUGUAUGACGACAUAACAAACAACAAACGCGUAAAGACUAACAACCACAGUAACGUUAAUUCACACACCACUAUUUUUCCUGUAGACGACCUAGCCAUGAUACGUUAUACAUGUGACAUAUGUGAGCAUGCAUUCAACUGCAAACAUGGUUUGAAACGACAUCACGACUCUGUUCACCGCCGACAAGGACAUCUCUGUACAACAUGCGGGAAUCUAUUUACACGACUUGACAAUUUAACAAGACAUUGUAAAACAACACACACCAACCAAACAUCACCGACCGACACCCCAUCAGCAACCGAUAGACAAACUCCACAACCACUAUACGUGACCGACAGACAAACCAUGCAACCCCUAGCAGCGAUCCAAACAACUCGUACCAUGACCAACACUAUUCCAUUAAAGCGACAUACGAUGUAUGACGACAUACCAAACAACAAACGCGUAAAGACUAACAACGACAGUAACGUUAAUUCACACACCACUAUUUUUCCUGUAGACGACCUACCCAUGAUACGUUAUACAUGUGACAUAUGUGAGCAUGCAUUCACCUGCAAACAUGGUUUGAAACGACAUCACGAUACGGCACACAGACGACGAAGACAUACAUGUAGAGAAUGUUUGCAAGAAUUUACAAGAAAAUAUAAUUUAACGAACCACUAUAAAAUACCACACACCAUCAAAACAUUACCAGACGACACAUCAGCGACCGACACGAAUAUCCCAUAGGAUGACUUCUCACAGACAUCUCCUUACACCCAACACAGAAACUCACUUUCUUACUUUUAUAUUAAAAGACAAGUAGACACAAUGUGACAUCUCCCCUAGACUGUAGAC